ACGAUGCGGAUUUUCGCUGAUGGUGGUUGAGGAGACUGGAUCGGCCCAACACUAUGUUUGGGAAGAAGUUCCUUCGGAGGAGAGCCACCGCCAGCCCUGCAACGAGCUCAGUCGAUGCGACCGCCGUUGUCCUAACCCAACCAUCCCGUACUUCCACGAGUGGCACGAGUCUCACCACCACUACCUCCGCCCUUGCGAGCAAUGCCGCCGAUGACACCGUCGGCCCCUUGGGCCUGAACCUGCUCUACUCUCCCGUCGAGGAGCCCGCGGCGGACUUCAUCUUCGUUCAUGGGCUCGGCGGCGGCUCCAAGAAAACAUGGAGCAAGACACACUCUCCCAACCACUUUUGGCCGCAACAUUGGCUCCCCCUCGAGCCCGCUUUCCAAAGAGUGCGAAUCCACACCUAUGGCUACAGCUGCGACUGGACGAAGCGAAAGCUGGACAUCUGCAAUGUCCACGACUUCGGCAAGGGGCUGCUCAGCGAGCUGAGCACGUCCCCGCUGCUGGCUGAGGCUGAAGUAAGUCGUCCAUGGAAGGCCUUUCUGGUGUGGGCUUGAGCUAACUUU